GCCCUGCGUUCCCCGGCCCUGCGUUCCCCGGCCCUGGGCGAUGGAGAACGGAGAGGUGUACAGAACCACCACGGAGGCGCACCCGGGCCCCGCCAGAGGCGCCCGGAGCGGCCUUGGCGCCUACUUCACCCUGCGCCGGCUCAAGGGGGGCCGGCGAAUCCUCAAACUGCUGCAGCUGGUGCUGUCUCUGUUGGCCUUUAUAUGUGAGGAAGUUGUGUCACAAUGUACUUUGUGUGGAGGACUUUACUUUUUUGAGUUUGUAAGCUGCAGCGCCUUUCUGCUGAGUCUACUUAUGCUGAUUGUGUACUGCACUCCAGUGUAUGACAAAGUUGAUCCUGCAAAACUCAAGUCAUCGGAUUUUUAUAUUACUGUGGGAACAGGAUUGGUGGUUUUGGUGGCAUCCAUCAUUUUCUCUUUGACACAUGACCAUACCUCAGCUGAAAAUGCUGCAAUUGUGUUUGGAUUUCUAGCAAGUAUUGUGUUCCUGUGUGACUUUUUCAUUAUGGCCUAUGAAAAAUAUAAAGAGCCCCGGCCAAGAAAACCUGAGGCUACCCCUGGGAGAGAACAAGUCACCGAUCCACUUAAUGCUUAGAAACUCUAGGGAGCGGGUGUACAUAAGGUUGCUGCUGCGUGGUGCCUGCGCCCUGGCAGAAGCUCCUGUAGGGUCUGUGUCACUGUUAAACCACUUCUUUUGGAGAGCAAGGCAGGAAGGCAGUUUGAUCAGUAUUGAUUGGACUGUGUAUCAGUCACUGCAAAUUGGGCCAGAGGGCUUUUUGUUUUUAAAGAAAAUAUUUUUUUUUAAACAGUUGAAACUUGUGUCAGAUGACGUUUUGUUUUGUUUGGAGGCGAGAGCAGUUGUUUCUUUAAAUCACAUAGCUCAACUCAUGAUAAAUUAUUCCGUCAUUGUUACCAGGUUUAGCUUUCAAAUUAUUCUUCAUAGCUGUACAAACAGCACGAUUAAGUUUAUCCAUUUAGAAAUGGUUUCAUUUUUAAAUUAAUUUGUUUAACUAUGACUUUGCUUUUUGAUGACUGGAUAAAAUUUAAUGUAUAUUUAAGAGAGCAAUAUUUUAAAUGUUGGUCUAGGUUUUUUCCUUAAAAUGUAAAACCCAGGCUUUACUGUAUCUCAUUCAGCCUUAAAAUUAUACUGUAACAUUUUAAGAUAAUAAUUAUAACUCUUUCUGAGACCUUUUACAUCCUAAUAGAAAAUGUAUGGGAGAGGUUGAUAUUUUACAUCUUACAAAAGCAACAGCAUCAGUAACCCCAUGUUUAUAUUGGUUGUCAAUAUCAAGUUUAAAAAAAAAAGAUCUUUCUAUAACAGUACACAUAGAAAAAUGCAAGAAACUGCUAUCAUGACUAAGGAGCAAAGCAAAGAUACACUUUGCAGGAGGCAGUGAAAGUAGUUGGAAAAGCAGGCCUCAGCCACUUCCAGGUGUCUGAAAGGAUGAGUUCACACGAUGAGACAGAAAAUCUCUUUUGCCAUAUAAUUAUUUCUACUGAAAUUAACACAGCUCUACAGGUUCUGUUCAGUGUUUUCUUUGGAGCCAAUCUUCUUUUAAAACCCCAGCCUUUGAGUUUUAAUUGAGAAGCCUCCCUUUUCUGUCUCCUUAUCACAAUGGUCCUUGUACUGCUUCAUCAUCAGGCACAGGUGGGCCUCUGGCUCUGGCUUCCUUGAUGGCUGUUAUCUUGAUGGCAGAUUCUCCAGAAUCCUGGGCCCUUUUAAAUGCAUAUAAUAUAUAGCAGGAUCUUUAGGGUUCUUGUUCCCACAUAGGCAUUGCUCUGGUUUCUCUUCAGAGGAGACCUCCUUAAGAAUAUCCAGAGAAUCCUGCCCAUUUUAAUACUGUUGAUGGUGUAAGGGAGUAGUCAGACCAUUCUCAGGAGACACUUCGUAACCAGUUCUGAUAACCUGGAAGAAUCGUCUGUUGCUGGCAGGCUGUUUUAGAGCCAGCCAGCCAGGGCACUUUGAACGAGAUCUUUCCAAGUGGGUCUUUUUUUUUAAAGUGGGACCUUUCUGACCAAGUGGUUCACAGAUUAGACCUUUCUUGUCCUCCUGCUAGAUUUUUGACUCGAGACUCCAGGUCUCAGGCAGUGAGCCCGUGCAUCAGGUCCUUCAGUACUUUGGGGGAGGUCUCCCGGGCUAGGUAGGCUCGGUUUUCUGUGUGAAAGAGUGGAAUCAUGUUUCCAGUGAGACGGUUUAAUGACCUCAUCCUUUUUUAAUUUCUCAUCUGCCAACUCUGUGUUGUGGAUGGGUUUCAGACGCAGAUGGCUGGACACAGCUUUUGCUCUGUCUUACUCAGAACCUUAUCAAUUUGUAUCAGAGAUUGGAUGCUAGUGCUAGUGAUGUCACCACUACCUGCUUGGGAGAUAAUGAAACCAAUCAUGGAUGCUGUUGUUACUGGGCAUGCUGUCUGAGAGGAGAAAUAGCCUGGGUCUUGGGUCUAAGGUCUUGGGUUCAAAGAUAACCAGCUUAUGGUAGGCAGGCUCUCAAAUUUCCCAUCCAGCUAUACUGUUGUCCGUUUAAGUAUCAUCUACACCCAGCUGGGAUUCACAGCAGACCAUCUGGGCUUCCUCAGGGUCCGCACUCCUGCACUGGGCUCAGUUGGGUUUGAUGGAAUGUCCUCUGUGGGCUGCAUAUCUACAGCGUGCUGGUGUGGAGCUUAAGCUCUCCUUGAUCUGAGGUUUCACUUCCAUUGAUUUCAUUGGCGCAGAAUGGCCCUCUUAGCUGGCCACCAAAAGGUAAUAUCUUCAUUGGUAUACUGGGUCACUCUGGAACCUUCCUUCACAUGUUUUUUUACAGGACUCAUGACAGGUUAGCUUUCAUCUUCUAUUGUAGAAGGAGUUAGGAGUAAAAAGAUCAUUGUGGUAAAUAAAAGUAUCAAGGAGAACUUGAAACCAAAGCUACUUACAGAAAAGGGCAAACUCAGUAAACUCAAAUGUAAAAUAAUUUUUUAUUAAUGGUUAUGGUAAAUUUAUAUUUUACACAAGUAGACUGUUUAGAGUGGUUCUUAAAAAUUAUAAGGGAAGUGCACAUACAGUACAAAAAUUUUAUCAUUGCUAUACUUAAAUUAUGUUCUGUUUGAGGACUGGGAAAUGUAUUUUUACAUUGUUUAUAGCCAAUCAUUUUUGUAUUUAAUAAUUUUAAAUCCUGUGGGCCUUUUAUAUCUCUUCCAACAUCAAAUUUUGUAGUCUUCUUUUUAAAUAAAUCCACUUUAUUGCUCAAC